CAGAUUUUGAAAGGAAACAAAAAGAAUGUACGAAGAUCAUCAAGUGGCGAAACCAGACAAAGAAGGACACGUGGUUAGCAAUUAUUCCGACAACAUGUUCGGUUCGGCGUCUUCGUCUCCGACAGGAACAGUACAAAACCCUAAUCUCAAACAUGUUACCUUCGGAAACCCUAAUUUCUCCUAUGUUAUCCCGAAGGAAGAGUAUGGGAUGGUGAGCAUGACUGAAAACUGGCCAGGCUGGUCAACCGGGUCGGGUAAUGACCCGGUUGAAGAUAACGCAAUCGAACAACAGCUUCCUCCAGCUAAGAAGAAACGCUUAGCUAAUAGACACAGUGCUCAUCAGAUUCAAGAAAUGGAAGCAUUCUUCAAAGUAAAUCCUCAUCCAAAUGACAACGACAAAACAAGAUUAAGUCAGGAACUUGGUCUCACGCCUCUACAAGUCAAGUUUUGGUUUCAAAACCGACGUAACCAAAUAAAGACGCAACAAGACAGAAGUGAUAACGUCAUGCUUAAAGCAGAGAACGAGACUCUUAAGACAGAGAAUCGCAAACUCCAGUUCGAUCUACAACGCCUCUCUUGCUCUUCUUGUGUCGGCCCAAGAGAGAAACUCCACCUCGAAAACUCCCGCCUACGCCAAGAGCUUGAUCGGUUACACAGCAUUGCUUCCAUGAUGAAUCCUUAUCUUCCUCCACCAGACACAAACAGUAUCAAAACCAACAAAUUGUUGAUUGCGGAAGAAGAUAAGGCCAUUGCGAUGGAUCUUGCGGUUUCUUGCGUUCAAGAGUUAGCAAAGAUGUGUGACACAGAUGAUCCCUUGUGGAACAAGAAGAGAUCAGACAACGAGAGAAUCUCUCUUAAUGAGGAAGAGCACAAGAAGAUGUUCCCAUGGCCUUCAAUGGAUAAUGUACAUUUCCGCAGAGAAGCUUCAAGAGCUAACACAGUCGUCAUCAUGAACAGCAUAGCCCUAGUCAAUGCAUUCCUUGAUGCUGAUAAAUGGUCGGAGUUGUUUUGCUCAAUAGUGUCAAGAGCCAAAACGAUUCAGAUAGUUUCUUCAGGAGUUUGUGGAGCUAGUGGUUCUCUUCUUCUGAUGUAUGCAGAGUUGCAAGUACUAUCUCCAUUAGUACCAACAAGAGAAGCCUACUUUCUACGUUAUGUGAAGCAAAACGCUGAAGAUGGAAAAUGGAUGAUUGUAGAUUUUCCGGUUAACAGUUUGAUCAAAACCGAUUCAUCUACUACUACUGAUCAGUACCGGAGAAAGCCUUCUGGUUGCAUCAUUCAGGACAUAGCCAAGGGAUACUCUCAGAUCACGUGGGUUGAGCACGUGGAAGUGCAGGAGAAGCACGUGCAUCACGAGAUGGUUAGAGAGUAUAUAAAGAGCGGUGCAGCUUUUGGUGCUGAAAGAUGGCUAGCUGUGUUGCAGAGACAGUGUGAGAGGAUGGCUAGUCUCAUGGCUACAAACAUGACUAACCUUGGAGUGAUACCGUCUGUAGAAGCAAAGAGGAAGUUGAUGAAGCUGUCACAGAUAAUGGUGAGAACUUACUGUCUCACCAUAAGCAGUUUGUACGGACAAGCACUGUCUGAAUCACCAAAAGAGACGGUGAGGAUCACGACCAGGAAAGUUUUUGGUGGUGUUGUUCUAUGUGGCGUCUCCACGACGAUACUUCCUUAUUCUCAUCAUCGAGUCUUUGAUCUUCUCCGCAACGAUCAUCGUUGUUCUCAGAUGGAGAUGUUGUCCAGUGAGGACCCGUUUCAAGAAGUGGCUCAUAUUGCAAAUGGAUUACAUCCUGGAAACUGCAUUUCCCUUCUUCACUUCCAUGGGCCAAGUAAUUCAUCGACUAAUGUAGAGUGGAUGCUUCAAGAAACAUGCACUGAUAACUCAGGCAGUCUCAUGGUUUACUCCGCCGUCCACGCCAACGCCGUUCUGCUCGCUAUGAACGGCGAGGAUCCUUCUAGAAUUCCUCUUUUGCCCUUAGGGUUCUCUGUUGUUCCUGUGAAUCAACCCCAUGUUUUUGAGGGCAUUUCCGUCAGUCUUGCUUCGUGCUUGCUCACCGUUGCGAUACAGAUCUUGGUGAGCGAUGUCACCACAGCAAGCCUCAAUGUUUCCACUACAGCCAUCAACAACCGUAUUUGCUCAACUGUCAACCUUAUCUCCUCCGCUCUCGGAAGUCCUCUGAUGCUGGAGAUUCUGUCGAGCUUUAAACAAGAAAUAAGCAACUAGGAGAAAAUAUGGGGGGGGGGGUUGGUAGAUAAAGCGCAGCUUAGACCUGAUUAGGUUUGUUUUGUAGAUCCCAUGAGAAGGGUUGACCACUAUUUUUUUUGGGGGGGAGUCAAGAACGCACCAAGGCAUGAUUGUAUUUUUUUGUGAACCGGGUUUUAUCCAGUUUGGAACAUGCGUGACUGGUUUGGAAAUUGACUUCCAAUUUGGAUAAACAAAAAAGUUGAAUGUAAUUUUGCA